ACAGUUAUACUAUUUCGUAUAAAGCUGUAAAUGCACGUGGACCAUCAAAUACACUUGAAGAUAAAUUGGAUUUUCAGGAAUUUAUUAGUGAAUAUCAAAAGGUAACAUUAACUGGAAAAAAAAUGUCAGUGAUAGUGGUAGUAAUUGUGAAGAAUAACGUGACAGAAAAAAAAAAUAGGAAACAUAAAAAGCAUUCUGAUGAUAAUAUUAGAUCAUCAUCUGAAGAAAUUGAAAUACAAACCAAAAAGAAAAAGAAAUCUCGUUCACUAAGAGAAGAUGAUUUAUAAAAAGAGAAGAAAAGAAGAUCAGAAGUCAUUGCUGAUUUGGUUGAAAUGUAUAAAUGUGAUUUACAUUCUACUCCAUGUUUUAUUCAAGAUGGUCGGCAUUUGCAGCUUAAUCCUUCUAGAUUACAACUUUGGGCUCGUGAAAUUAUAAACAAAAGAACAACCUAUGAUAUUCCUCCAUCUUAUCCAGUAUUUGAUAUGAAAUCAAGUGUAUUUAUCAAUAAAAAUAAUUCUGCAACGCAAAUGCAAAAUAGUCAAACAUCCAAUACGCCUACUCCUAUUUUUAUUCAAUUACCAAGUCAAGUUUAUAAAAAUCCGACAAAUACUCAUUUGGAAUUACCUUCAUCAAGCAAAUUACCAUCAAUUGAUGCAUUUCUUGAAGAAGAAAUUACAGUUAAUGCUAUAAAAGAUUUAACAGAUGAGCAAUUGCAAAAGUUAGGCGUGGUGAAAAUUGGAUGGCAAAAAAAUAUUAAACAAGCAGCGCAACAAUAUUGACCUAAUGU